AUGUCUCUAUCAGUACGAGCCCAUGCAUCAGAAAAGGCCAGUGAAAGCCUUUUGAUAUGGAAAGUUCUCAAGGAUCUCUGGGAUCCAGAUACCAACCCCUCUGGAAUUGUCAGCUUGGGCGUUGCAGAAAACAGACUUAUGCACGACAUUCUCUCCCAACACAUCCAUCAGAAUCUGGCUCUGGUGAACGAAGCAUUUACUUAUGGAGAUGGCUCCGCAGGGUCGAAACGUCUCCGCGAAUCUCUGUCUCGCUUCCUCAAUAAACACUUCAAACUUGUCAUUCCAAUUAUCCCUGCACAUAUAUCCAUCACAAACGGGUGCAGUGCCGCGGUUGAACAUCUUGCGUGGGCAUUUGCCAAUCCAGGAGAGGGAUAUCUGCUGGGACAGCCAUAUUACGGGACCUUCAUCGAGGACCUAACGGCUCGAACGGGCGCCAAAGUCGUCUCGGUGCCUUUCCAUGGCGUCGAUCCUUUCAGUAACGACGCUGUCGCCAAAUACGAAGAAGCACUCUUAAAGGCCAAGGCAGAGGGGACGAAAGUAGCUGGUCUUGUUCUCUGUAAUCCGCACAAUCCACUUGGCCGCUGCUACUCUCGAGAGACGAUUGUUGGACUUUUGAAACUCUGUGAAAAGUACCAGCUCCAUUUUAUCGGCGACGAAAUUUAUGCCUUGUCAGUCUGGGAAAAUACCGUGGAUGCUGGCGCUUCGUUUGAGCCCUUUACAUCUUGCCUCAGCAUUGAUCUGGCUGGCAUUAUCGAACCAUCGCGAGUCCACGUUGUUUAUGGCAUGUCAAAAGAUUUUGGAGCAAAUGGCAUUAGACUUGGCGCCGUCAUAUCGCAGGCUAACCAAUCUCUACACGAUGCGUUGAUACCCGUUAGUCUCUAUAGCUCAGCAUCCUCUCUCUCACAACACGCCACGGCAAACAUUCUUGAUGACCAUGACUGGGUGGAGUAUUAUAUCGCCGAGAACAAACGAAGACUGGCGCAGCAGUACGAAUCAGCAGUUUCAUGGGCUAAAUCACAAGGCAUCAGGUACCGACCCGGCGUCCAUGCUGCGUUCUUCUUGUGGGUGGACUUGGGAAGUUUUUACAAGUCACUGCAUCCCGAUGCCGUCACUGAUGGCUUGAACGAGACAAUAGCCACGGCACUUCUCAAGCAUAGAAUCUUUCUUGCAUCUGGAACAAAGUUUGGGUCAGAGGAAACAGGCUGGUUUCGAAUCGUGUUUUCUCACCCGGAGCCAUAUUUGCGUGAGGGUCUUGGAAGAGUGCUUAAGGCGUUGAAGGAGCUUUAA